CAAAACAUGUCUUAGCGCGUGACAAACGACCCAAUAAAGUAAGACGAGCGCGAGAGAGAGAUAAGACGUGUUUUGAGGAACAGAAGUUAGAGGUCUUAAAAGCAGGGAACAACAUUGUGCUGACGUUAGUUGGCACCAUGAUGUCCUACAGGAUAUGCUUCGUAGUGUUUGCGCCAGCCAUUUUAUGCAGCAUUUUAGUGGACUCGUGUGAUGAGGUCAACAUCUGCACCCAGGAACAGUGUAAAACUGCUCCCUUGUGUCCAUCGUCCAGGCGCAAUGUGCGUAAUUGUGUGAUGCAUCACGGAGGCGGGACAAUUUGCUACUGCUUCCCUGACUGCGUAAACAACAUUCAUCAAUGCCAAAGAAGUACGAUAUGUGACCGUGUCCGUUGCGCGUACUACCCAUCCAAUGCCACCCAUACCUUUGUCCAUCCAACUGGAAAGUGCAACUGCUGCGGUGAACUGAUCGAUAACUGUGUACUGCAUCAGCUGAUUUCUCGAGGUUGUAGGAGCUUUUUGUAAGCCAUGCUGAUUGCUUCGACUUCUAAUACACGUAAUAAAUAUGCUGUGUAUAGAACGUGACUCUCUCUCUCACGAAUGACAACCAAACGACCGGACGGAUCCCGCAGUGCUUAUACACCUACUGUAUUCAUCUCCAUCUCACUUAGCUGUUGCGGUAAACACCUCAUCUCAUUGUCAUUCAUGUAGUAGUAUUUGUUGUUGUGAUUAGCAAGUGUGGCGAAGUGGUGUGGAAAUCUGGUAAAACUCAGUAAAACUCUUUAUGAACGCGCUUCGUUUCUCGAAAGAUCGUUCAUAAAUCGAGGGUUUCAUAAAUCGAGGUGCAAGGGGCGAGAGAGAGGAAUGGACUCAAACACGACACGAAAUGCACUAGAUUACGAUUAUUUUUGAAAAUACUCCGUAAUUGUGCACCAUACAUUCAAAUGUAUUUAUCCUCUUCAGAAGAGAAAUAAAAGUCUGGCACUUCACUCA